UCACCAAUUUUUACCUUUUUCCUUUCGCGUACUAUUUCGUUUGAGUCGUAUCUGGUAAGUCUUAGGAAAGCACACUAAAGACUAAAAUCGUGGCGGAAGGGAGAACAGAGUCGUCGCCAUUUUUGGUUCUUCAACUUUCAACUCCAAGAACAGAUCGGAAUCGAAUCUAAUCCACCACCACCUCACCUCACCAGAUACGCAUACAUAUGACUUCUUCAAUUCCGAUUCCAUAUCUGUUGCUGCUGUUCCUAUCGAGCUUCGGAGCAUCCGUGUUCGUUUCCGCCGGAUCUCACCGCGCCAUUCUCCGCGCGAUCAGCGAUGAGAGCGCCGCGGGGAGUCGCGACUACGCCGUGGAUUUGAACGCCACCAACUUCGAUGCGGUCCUCAGUGAGACUCCGGCCACCUACGCCAUUGUUGAGUUCUUCGCUCACUGGUGCCCUGCUUGCAGAAAUUAUAAGCCAUAUUAUGAGAAGGUUGCCAGACUUUUUAAUGGAGCAGAUGCUAUACAUCCAGGAACCAUAUUGAUGACAAGGGUAGACUGCGCAUUGGGGAUAAAUUCUAAUCUUUGUGAUAAGUUCUCUGUGGGGCAUUACCCUAUGCUUUUCUGGGGUCCUCCUUCUAAGUUUGUUGGUGGUAGUUGGAAGCCAAAGCAAGAAAAAAGUGAUAUACUUCCUAUUGAGAAUGGACGAACAUCAAGUCUCUUGUUAGAAUGGAUUAAUAAGAAAUUGGGCAGCUCAUAUGGCUUGGAAGAUGAAAAGUACCAGAAUGAGCAGCUUCAGACAAAUAUUUCAGAUCCUGGGCAGAUAGCCAGAGCUGUAUAUGACGUUGAGGAGGCAACUUCUACUGCCUUUGAUAUCAUAUUACAGCACAAGAUGAUCAAAUCAGAUACAAGGGCAUCACUUAUAAAAUUCCUUCAACUUUUGGUGGCUCAUCACCCUUCUAGAAGAUGCCGGAGAGGUAGUGCAGAUAUACUCGUAAACUUUGAUGAUCUAUGCCCAUCUGGUGCUUUGUCAGCAAACAAAGAAGAAGUUGCGAGUUGUACUAAAAAGGGCAUUCUGGGAAAUUAUCAGAUCUGUGGCAAAGAGGUUCCUCGUGGAUAUUGGAUGUUUUGUCGUGGAAGUACAAAUGAAACCAGAGGUUUCAGUUGUGGUUUGUGGGUUUUGUUGCACUCCCUUUCUGUAAGAGUGGAAGAUGCAGAAAGCGAAAUGGCUUUUAAAACUACAUGUGAUUUCAUACACAACUUUUUUGUAUGUCAGGAGUGUAGGGAGCAUUUCUAUGAGAUGUGCUCAAGCGUUUCUACCCCAUUCAAGAAUGCUCGUGAUUUUACCUUGUGGUUGUGGAGCGCACACAACAAAGUGAAUGAGAGACUGAUGAAAGCAGAAGCUUUGUUAAAAACAGCUGAUCCUAAAUUUCUGAAAGUUAUUUGGCCUCCCAAACAGCUUUGUGAAUCUUGCUAUCGCCAGAGCAAAAAGGGCAAUGAUAGUAGUGAGAUUGAUUGGGAUGACGAUGAGGUCUUCAAGUUCUUGGUCAGUUACUACGGGAAGACGCUGGUUACUCUUUACAAGGACAAGGAAGUUGGAAGCGGCAGUGAAAAAUCGAGUGUUGAUGAAUUGGUAGCUUCAACGAGUGCAGUUGUUGUUCCAGUUGGAGCUGCAUUUGCCAUUGCUGUGGCAAGCUGUGCAUUCGGAGCGCUCGCCUGGUUCUGGCGUUCACGGCAAAAGAACCGAAAGUAUAAAUACCUACACUCUUUAAAAAGUACAUGAAUGAUUGAUUAUUAAGAGAGUGAUGAUGAUGAUGAUGAUGAGAUUUUUCAAAUCGAUCUAAUAUUGGAAUUUGGAAAUAAGUUGAGAAAGGCCCAAAAAAAAAUUAAAAUGACCCAUGGAGAGAAGAAAUACAAGGUUGUAUUUGUGUGGGAGGUUGGCAUUGCUUAUAUGUGUUUCUCUUAUGCAAAAAUUUCAGGCCUAAGAGAAGCUGGAGCUGAAUAGCGGUGUCUAUGCUGGGUGUAAAAUAUGAUUCAGAAACAAGGUGAGGUGAGGCUCAGAAUAGGAAACAGAGUGCAGAAGAUUGUAAGUUGUAACAAUCACUUGCUGUUAACAACAUUGUUAUAAUCCCUUUUUCAUUUGACUUUCACCAAAAUGGAGUGUGUAUAGAUUUACUUGUGAUAUGUAUACUUUUGGAUGAAACUAGAGGAUAAAUAUACUUCACACACA